GAAGACGCAGUAGCAGCAGCAGCAGCAGCAGCAGAAGAAGACGAAUAAGAAGACGGAGGAGAAGGUGGGCUCAUCAUAGACAGUGUAUUAUGUCUAUGGGCCUCAUUGCGUGAAUCCACCGUAGUUAAAACAAUAAAGGCGUAUUGAAAUCUCUCCUCUGGUGUCGGUCAUAUUCAGCGGCUCACAGGAGCACAGCGGAGCCGUCUCCUCUCGCCGAGAAACCGUCUGCCCACCAAGCCUCACGGGUCAUUGAGAUGAGUGUGGGCCGGCCGGAGCCACAGGGAUAUUUGUCUCGUUACUCGUUACACCGGGAUUUGGUCCGUGUGCUCACUAUGUAGGCCGGUAUCCCUGUUGGAGGACAGAGUGGUGGAUUCUCCACCCCUGCAGAGGUAACAAAUUAGAAGCGUUAAGGCAAAAUAAGGAGGCUGCUGUAAUCCAUGUUCCCUCGAGUGUCUGCUUGGAAAGAUGAGUACAGACAGACCCAAACGGAAUAUCAUUAAGAAGAAAUAUGACAUCAGCGAUGGGAUGCCGUGGUGUGAAGAGCGUCUGGUUCGCAAAGUUCUUUUCCUGUCCCUCAGGGAAUUCAGAGACACACACCGUACCGCACACAAACACUCCCACAUACACACACGCACAUCAAAAAAAACACUGUUACAUGCUCCAAGAAAGAGACAGACACUACCUAGUGCACACAGUCAGAAAAAGACAUGCACAAGACAGAAUGUGCACACGCUACACAAAGCUCACCACAGGACAUGCACACAGAAAAACACACAUAGCACACAAAGUUUGCACAUUUCAAAACACUUACGUCCUCAAGAACAGAACAAAGGGCAAAAAACUACCUUGUCUCAUGAUUCCAACACACCCAAAAAAAAAUGCAUGACCCACACACUUCAGAAUAUGCAAACACAAUCAAAAAUGUGUACAGAGAAAAUGACACACACUGAACAGCACCCACACUUACAAGAAAAUGCACACAUGUUUCAGAAGAACUCUGUGUCAACCAGGACACUACGCUCACAUAAAACAAAAACAAGUCUGUCACUACUGAACUCCAAACACAUUGGAAGUGGUAAUCGAUCACAAAGAACUCAGCAAAAACACUCAGUGAAGAACACGUGCACAACUGACAACAGACAGACACUGAUGAGCACGGCUGUUCCCACCAGGACACUGAGGUCACACACUCCCAGCAGCCUCAGGGACUCUGUGGUAAAUGGCAUCAGUCGGUGUCAGUCUCUCCUGUCAGCUCGUCCCAGCUGGAGCUGGGCUUUACAAACACGCACCACAAAGCACCGCCGGCCUGCUAGCAUCCAUCGUGAUAAGGAUGACCCUGCCAGCAAGAGGUCAACUGUUCUACUGUUUGCAUGUUCAUACCUAUGUGCAUGAUUUGCCUACUGCAUAAGCACAUUACUGAAAUGUGUACACACAAGUUUACAGCCCUUUCCACACCUUAGCAGGGACUUCUUACAACAAAGCCUUUUGUACACAUGUAAAAGGCAUGUUAGGUUGAAAAUCUGACCUUUUGGAAAACUCUUCCAGGGUGAGGUUAUUACGACGAUGCAGACGCACUUUAUAUAUGUUUGUAGUAUCCUUGGCAAUUGUGAAAUCUGCGUGUUAUGGUAUUGGGGGACUUAAGAAUAUACAUUGACAGAAUAGAUAUUGUUUUGUUUAACUUUAUAUUUAGAAAAACACAAAUUAAUAUGCUUUCCGAGUGUAUGUUAAUGGCAUUAAAUAUGUGUUUUCAGG